UGCUCCACCACGUGCGGGCUGGGGACCUACUGGCGGAGCGUGCAGUGCAGCACCCACGUGGAUUCCGACUGCGCCACCCUGCGGAGGCCAGACCCGGCCAAGAGGUGCCACCUCCGUCCCUGCGCCAGCUGGAAAGUGGGAAACUGGAGCAAGUGCUCCAGAAACUGCAGCGGAGGCUUCCAGAUCCGGGAGAUUCAGUGUGUGGACAGCCGGGACCACCGGAGUCUGAGGCCAUUUCACUGCCGGUUCCUGGCCGGCCUUCCCCCUCCACUGACCGCAAGCUGUAACGUGGAGCCCUGCGAGGAGUGGCAGGUGGAGCCCUGGAGCGAGUGUUCCAGCUCCUGUGGAGGCGGAGUUCAGAAGAGAGGGGUGACUUGUCCAGGAGGCCUCUGUGACUGGACUAAACGGCCCACGUCCACCACAUCCUGCAGCGGGCACCCUUGCUGUCACUGGGUCGCUGGGAACUGGGACCCGUGCACUGUGUCCUGUGGAGGUGGCUUUCAGAAGAGGACUGUCCAUUGCGUGGCCUCAGAGAACAGUAAAACCGAAAGCCAGGACCAAUGCCUGUGUGAUCACGAACCCAGACCCCCAGAAUUCCAGAAGUGCAACCCGCAGGCCUGCCGGAAGAAUGCUGAUCUCCUUUGCACCAAGGACAACUUAUCAGCCAGUUUCUGCCAGACGCUGAAAACCAUGAAGAAAUGUUCCGUGCCCACCGUGAGGGCUCAAUGCUGCCUCUCGUGUUCCCAGACGCACGUGGCCCACACCCAAAGGCCAAGGAAGCGACAGCCACUCAAGAUCCCCAAAGCACCCUGAGUGCAGAAGGAAGCCACCCCCCACCAUAGACUGCAGCAGCCUGCUGACCAGGACAUGUUCUAGCCCAGGGACCACUUCCUCGCGGUGUUACUCUGUGUGUUUCAGGUUCAACUUUGACUCAUAACAAAAAAGCACGCUGUGUCCCUUUAGCCACACAGUUUCCCUCAGGAGUCAUGCACUGUUGUGCUCACUGCUCCCUGAUAGGCAGGGGAGGUGUCCAGGAGAACUGGGCUUCUCAGGGGGUCAUCUCCUGGGAAAGAUACCCAGGUGGAAAAGUCUAUGAAAUGAUGUCUUUUGUUUCUCCCUUAAAGAUAAAAACAGACAGAGACCAUAUUUUCCCCAGACUACCUCAGGAGAAUCAGGAAACAGAGCCUCACUUAUCCAGGGAAGAAAUACAGUUGUUAAUUUACUUGGAUGAAAUCACUCCUUUUUUUCUUUUUUUUUCUAAAUCUCCCUACUUGGGGCAGCUGCUGUUUCAGAUGUCAUGGGAGAGCUUUCAGGAACAUUCUUGUAAUUCAUCCAGGCAGGGGACCGCUUUCUCUACCCAAUAUUUAACUGAGGCAGGAAGAAAAAGUCCUGGCUACAGACUCAGUCUGUCCCUAAUCCCUGUAGACUCUACAUCUGAGCUGUUUAGACUCCCGUGCCUUCCUAGGGACACUAGAAAAAGAGGAAUGGGCAGGAACUGUAGCUUUAGUAAACCUAAGGGAUUUAGGUUAUACAGAAGACAUUUCUGACUUAGGAUAAUUUCUAUGAAAACUCUUAAAAAACAAAUGAUCAGAAGUCAGUUUCUUGUAUAAGGAAGAGAAUGUGGGCUUCUAUUCUUCCCACUUCCUGGCACAUACCCAUUGCUUCUUAGAGGAGAUGUGAGUCUUCCUGUGUGACUGUCCCUUCCCUGGCACAUCCCUGCCUGGAUCUUCAAUUCAGGGUGAGCAUCUUUCCACCGCUGGGGCUUUACACAUCACAAGUGCUACAGCCAGGUCUGUGUCUGCAACCCGCCCACCCACCCUCGGGUUCUGAAAUGGAGCUCUAGAUGAAAAUAUUUCUAAGACCUAGGUAAAUUGUAUCAAGUAUAGAAAAACUUUGUAUAAACUAAUAGUCUCAAGAAAAAAACUUUUCGAAAAGGAGGUAAAGCUGACAUAUUCUCUAGCACACCCAGUAGUUACUUUUGAGAAUCUGUUUCCUUGAAGGGAACGGAUGAGUCAGGGAGUCCAAAAAAAUUAACAAGGCUGAAUCUCUGAUGUUCCCAUCACCCAGCAGUAGUCAAAGUAGGUUAGGGUCUCAAGUUGAAGGUGAAUUUUCUGGUUUGUAAGAGGAGGUGUUUCUAUGAACUGAACCUGGAAAAUCAGGGGAGGGUGAGAGGAGUAGAGACCCCAGGGAAAGAAGCCUUCAGAACCAGCUCUUGACAGGGGGGAAGGCAGAAGAGUCAUCUUCAUGUCAUGGGUCGUGUGUCUUCAGACUCACUCACAAGUACCAUUAACAUUCACCGUGGAGCACAGUGUCGCAUCUUUCCCUUGAGUUAUCUCUCCGUUCAGCAGAAUGGUGCUAUUGAAACAUGGUGCUAAUAUCCAGAUGGUGGCAGAACAAAUAUAAACAUGUAGAUAGAUGUACAAGUGGGCAAAUCCAUAUGCAUCUUCUGUUAAAUGUGUAAUGGUGUUGCUGGCCAACGCCAGUUCUAUUGCUUGGAUACCAGAAGCUGAAAAUUUUUAUAUUAUGCGCUUUUUUUUUCAAGCCAUUACUGUGUAUUAUUCUGAUAAAUGCCUGUGGAAACUAAAACACUGGUGUUGGGAUGGAAUUUGAGAUAGGACCAGACACAGUAACAAGGUAAAAAUGUUUACCAAAAUCAGGGAAUUUAUUUCUGUAUGAUUAGGUUCUUAUAUUCUGUCCUUAAAUCUAAACAUUGCUGGCCGAUUACAGUCUCUGGUGAAAUCAGUUUUAGAGAGAAGAUGCUUAAAUCAUCAGUGACAGGAGUAGAAGAGAACCUGAUUUUUUUUCUAAUGAGGCAGUUUGCAAAAACUGUCCCUGAAGUGUAGUAUAGGCUUUCAAGGGGAUUAAUUUAGUAAGUUGGAUGGAUUUAACUUAACCUGGUACUCUGCUGUCCCAGGGCUCCUCCGGUGGCUCAGACGGUAAAGAGUCGCCUGCAGUGCAGGAGACAUGGGUUCAAUCCCUGAUUUGGGCA